UUUACAAAUCAAAAAAACCUCAUUGACCCUAUUGAUACCCUAUUGGUACCUUAUUGGUGCCCUAUUGAGUACUAUUGCUCUAAUCGAUACCCUAUGGACCUCCUUUGGUACCAAAAUAGGCUGCAAUAGGAGUUCCCUAUUGAACUUCGUUUUACCAGUG